GAAAAUAUCACGUGGAGAAACUGGAUGUUGCUUUUAAAUGUUCACAGUUUACUUCCACUAACUUCAAGGGAGGGGAGAGUAAAACUUCCACGAGAAGCUCCAGUGUCUCAUUUUCUGGAUCAAGCAGGAGGGACGGAUCAUGGAAGGACCCCCUCAGAAUGACAACUAAUGAAAGCUGGGCAGAAACAUCCACCUCACAGGGAGAGCAACUGUAGUGUUUCCUAUUCACCAUCAGCAUCAUCAUUGUCAGUGCGAGCGGCGCGCGCCUCAAUUUCUCCACAUCCUCGGGGCCACGAGAGCGCCAGGGCGGGAAGAUGAACAUCCAAGUCCUGCCCGAGCACAAACUGUCUGCAGUGGCCCCGUUAAAACAGCUUAACGUGGAGAAAAAGGAAGUGGAGCUGAUCCUGGUGAAGGAGCAGAACGGUGUCCAGUACACGAACUCCUCUGUCGUUGCCUCUCCGAGCUCCACUGAAGAUGAGGAAAGGGAGACAUGGGGCAAGAAACUGGACUUUCUGCUCUCUGUCAUAGGCUUUGCUGUGGAUCUGGCCAAUGUGUGGAGGUUCCCCUACCUGUGUUACAAAAAUGGAGGAGGUGCCUUUUUGAUCCCAUACAUUCUGUUCCUGUUUAUUGCUGGGAUGCCACUGUUUUACAUGGAACUUGCCCUGGGUCAGUAUAACAGAGAGGGAGCAGCUACUGUUUGGAAGAUCUGCCCUGUAUUUAAAGGUGUUGGCUACACUGUGAUCAUCAUAGCAUUAUAUGUGGGGUUUUACUACAACGUCAUCAUAGCGUGGUCACUGUAUUACUUAUUUGCCUCAUUGACGAGUGAGCUGCCCUGGCUCAACUGUGGUAACUUGUGGAACAGCCCCAACUGCACAGAUCCACAGCUCAUUAAUGGCACCUUCUUGGGUAAUGGGACCUCCUAUGCCAAGUACAAGAACACACCUGCUGCAGAGUUCUAUGAACGCGGAGUGCUGCACAUUUAUGAGAGUAAAGGCAUCAAUGACCUGGGUUUUCCUCGCUGGGAUCUCACCCUCUGUCUUGUCGUGGUUGUCUUUAUCCUCUACUUCAGCCUAUGGAAAGGGGUCAAAUCAUCAGGAAAGGUGGUGUAUAUUACAGCUACUAUGCCCUACAUAGUGUUGUUUGUGUUGCUGAUUCGAGGCAUCACACUCCCUGGUGCAAUGAAUGGAAUUAGGGCGUAUCUCCAUAUUGACCUAAAGAAGCUCAAUAACCCUCAAGUAUGGAUUGAAGCAGCUACUCAGAUUUUCUAUUCUCUAGGAGCGGGCUUUGGGGUCCUUAUUGCCUUUGCGAGCUACAAUAAAUUUAACAAUAACUGCUACAGGGAUGCUCUCCUGACCAGCACAAUAAACUGCAUUACCAGUUUCUUCUCAGGGUUUGCCAUCUUCUCAGUACUGGGGUAUAUGGCUAAUCGGCAUGGUGUCAACAUAAAGGAUGUGGCCACUGAGGGGGCUGGACUUGUGUUUAUCAUCUACCCAGAAGCGAUCUCAACUCUACCUGGAUCUACAUUCUUUGCGAUAGUCUUUUUCAUUAUGCUACUGACACUUGGGAUUGACAGCUCUAUGGGCGGCAUGGAGGCAGUAAUCACAGGGCUCUCAGAUGACUUCAAAAUCCUCAAGAGGAAUAGAAAGGUCUUUACAUUCGCUACAGCAUUUGGGACAUUCCUAGUAGCCCUCGUUUGCGUCACAAAUGGAGGGAUCUAUGUGUUGACCUUGUUGGACAAGUAUGCUGCAGGGACAUCCAUUCUAUUUGGGGUACUGAUUGAAGCCAUUGGAGUGUCUUGGUUCUACGGUGUGGACAGAUUUAGCGAGGAUAUUGAACGCAUGAUGGGCUUCAAACCAGGUAUCUACUGGAGGCUUUGCUGGAAGUUUGUCAGUCCAGCAUUUUUACUGUUUGUGGUGAUCGCCAGCAUUGUUACCUCCAGUGACCUGAAAUACGAUGACUAUAUUUUCCCUUACUGGUCGAAUGUGGUGGGCUGGUCCAUAGCCUUGUCCUCCAUGCUGGCUGUACCCAUCUAUGCCAUCUACAAGUUCCUGAGUGUGCCAGGUACCUUCAAGGAGAGGAUAGCAUACUGCAUUACUCCAGAACAUGAACAUCACAUGGUGGCCGAGGGUAAUGUCAGGCAGUUCAAGCUCAGGCAUUGGUUAUCCAUCUGAUGAAGGGGCCAGGUGGGAGUGCCCUCUUAAAUGCUGCUUGAAUUCUGUAAUGAUACAGUGUGUGUGAGAGAGAAAGGUUUCUUCAAAGCUAUCUUACCAAAUUAAAUUUUUCCCCUCAGAAAAGGACAAAACGAAGCAAUGGCUAUGUGCUUUUCUCCAUACCACACACACUGUACUGUCCGGACUGCUCCAUUUGUGUUCAAUUGUGGACUUUACUUUUUUAUAUUGUAGGGCAAAAUUAAAGUUGUGUCUGUAUUUUUUUUUUAAUCAUACCAUAAGGAUUUAGUCACAACACAUCUCAAAAACUAUAUUUAUGGAAAAUAAUGGUAUAUUCCACUUUUUCAUUAUAAAAAUAAUUAUUAGGCUGUACCAGUUUACUUUCAUGAUGGUUAUGGAUCAUUGUUUGUAACAAUGUAUACAGAAAAACUACAUUAAACAGGAUGGCUGGGAAGUUUAGUGUGUUAUAUGGAAAAUGUUAAGUGGGUGAAACAGGUUAACCUACACUAGGGAUGUGUCCGAAGCCUAAUAAUUCGGAAAGGCACGAAUAAUGACUUCAAAAUGAAUAACAGAUUCAUCCGAAUAAUAUAAAAAAUAUUUGUAUGACUGAAUAUCAAAGAGACAAAAGGAUAAAGCGACAUAUUAAAUAAACAUAUACAAAAAAUAAUUUAUGAAUCUGUGCAGCCAAUAUUUGUAGAGUGUAACACUUAUGAAUGAAAAUGUACAUGUUGUGAUUUCAAAUCGGACGGGAGCGUUCUUGACUCUGUUUUCAGUCUCUUUUAAUUGUGCGCAUCUGGAGCUUAUCAAGUGACAUUAAGAUACAAUAUCAUAUACACUUUCCACUUAUUGAAAUGUCUUUGUUAAUGUAUCACAUGCGAUUCCCAUGCAUUUAUUUAUAGCCUAAACCUGAGCGCGAUGUUAAAUUCCUGACCUGAAGAGAUGAUUUCACGUAGGAGCCCAUCUAUCCAUCUUUUAAAGUUGACCUCAUUUAUGUUCACAUCAGCGAUUAAUUUAAUUAUCUAGUUAAGACAUUGUUCUGAAAAAAAGUUAAAAUGCUCCAUAAAGGUUUAAAUGCUCCAUAGAGUAUUCAUCUAUUAGGAAUAUUGCAUCUUAUGUAAAACAAAGAAACUGAACUAUUUCUUUCUUUUUCUUCUUUAAACUAUGCUACCUCUGGUA